CCUGCAUUUAUUUACGAGGCUCUUGGAAGGAGCGAUCAGUUUACCUUGAUUCUUGUGGCAAAAAGUUCAGCUUCUAUGAGAUUUUACUUUGGAAUUGUUAAUCGUACCAACUCAUAAAAAAACAAUACAACUUCAAGUUCAAAAGUUGUUACAUUAAUUUAUCGAAUCAGUAGUCGAAAUGUUUGAAGGAGCAGUAAAAGACAUUUUACUCGAGGAUGAACUGUUCAUAUUACCACGUUAUAAGCCAGGAGAUAUGACGAAAUUGGCAAGUACAACUCAGUUCUCUAAGCACGAGCUGAGAAAAAUUUACCAAGGAUUCAAACAGGAAUGUCCCAAUGGUGUUUGUAAGGAAGAUUCAUUUAAAAACUUAUUCUCAUCUUUUUUCCCAUUAGGAGAUGGUUCAUUAUAUGCAUCAUGUGUAUUCAAUGCUUGUAAACGUUACCUCAAGAAAAGUUCAAUUAACUUUGAUCAAUUCUUAAGCAUAUUAUCAAUGCUUUCACGAGGUAAUCUUAAUGAUCAAAUUGAAUGGGUUUUCAUGUUAUACGAUGUUAAUGGUGAUCAAGUAAUCACCAAAGAUGAUAUGUUAAUUGUUGUCAAAUCGGUUUACUUUAUGCUUGGUAAUUGUAUCCAACCUCAACUCAGAGAUUCAACAAUAAGGAAUCACGUUGAAAGGGUUUUCUCAGAAAUCGAUAUUCAUAAUCGAGGUUCUAUUACCUAUGAAGACUUUCAUUCCUGGUGUAAAAAGGACAAUCGGAUGCAAUCAUUUGCCAUUUUUGACACAGUAUUUUAUGAAUAAACACCAACAACAAUAAAAGAAUCAGAGGAAAAUGCUCAUGAAUACUAAGAUACUUCCAUUAAUCAUUAACUUAAUUAUUGUUCAAAUAGUUUCAAAAUCAAUCACUUUAAAUUAUCAAUAGAUAAUCAAUUUAAUGUAAUAAUUUUAUUCUUAAAAUUGGAAAAAAUAUAAAAUUAAAAGCUACAUAUUAUCCAACGAUGUAA